AUGUCGGGUCGGAACGCCCCUCGCUCAAAGAAAGGCUGCAGUACCUGCCGCCGUCGAAAAGUGAAAUGCGGCGAAGAGCGCCCUGUCUGCAAACGCUGUUUCAACUUGCGACUCAGCUGUGAGUGGGGAGUGCCAGUGAAACGAGGCAAGUCCGUCACUCCGGCGCGACAUCUUCAGCCUCGAUGGCCGAGUCGUGAUGUCGCCGCCUCCGCUGCGUUCGCCGCUUCAACGAUCGAGAGCCCUCAACCACCCUCCGUGACGUCUCCUGCCACGUUAUGGCACCUCUCAGACACUACCCCCGACCUCACGGGGAUCCCCAUCGGGUCGAUUUCAUCUCCAGGCUGGUUCGGUGUGCCCCCGUACCCCCGGCCCCCGCCGCUUUAUCCACCGCUAUCUGGAACCGACCUCGCGUGUGCCAACUCGUUGGUGCUUUCCGAACAUGAUCAGAAAUACUUCCAAUACUUCCCGUCGUCAUCACUUGUGUUCUAUUACAUGAAAUCGUGGCAAUGGAGCAGUUUCUGUUAUCUGUACCAAGGGCCGGCAGCCACGAACAAGAUAAUCAUGCGGAUGAUUCUCGCCUUGUCCGCAAGUGACAUGCACCGCAAUGGCCUCAUCGUGCGAACGCCCGGCCGGCCCACGGCGGAAGAUCACGGUCGCUAUCACUACGGGCUGGCCGUCAAGGAAUUCCGCCAGUCGUUGGUCUCCCCGCGACAGGUAUCGCCCGCCGAGCUGGAGGCGAUUUUUGCGACCAUGUUUCUGAUGGUGACGUACGAAUGGCAGUAUGGCCAUUGCGUGAGGCAUCUGCAACUACAUCUACAGGGGGUGAAAUCGUUGCUGGAGUCUCACCCAGAGUUGUUUCAGAUCAAGGAUGUGAAUAAUGUGCUGCUGUCGAUGGAAUCCGAAAACUCGAACGAGUCGGAAUCCCGGGUGUCAUUCAUUCCCGAGCAACUAUUAUUAUGGAUUCUGUACAUCGAUGCGAGCUGUCAGCCCAUGGGAUUGGCCGAAUCACUCUACGACUACGUGCUCCAGUCCGGCAACCCAGCGCUACAUCCGGAUCGACUAUAUCGCUGCGCCCGCGUGUGGGGUCGAUGCUUCUGGGGGAAGCAAUACCCAGACCAGGAAGUAUCAGAUGACAUGGAGAAUUACCGGGCCUUGGAGCUAUUACAUGCGGGCAUGUCGCUACGGAAUCGAACAUGGCAAUUGCUAUUCGACAACGUUCCUGAUUCGGGCUACCAGGCGGAGUCCUUCUUUAACGACAUAAUGGCCGUCAGAGAUAAAUUCUCCGACCUGUUCAUCACAGCCAAAUUCGCCGGUCCAGCAUCCAUGCGACGCACUUUAAACACGAUCAACAUGGCUGUUAGCACUUUUUACGCGCAGAUUCUUUUCCAUCGGCGCUUACUCUGCCCGUCUCAGUCUCCGCGGACACUUCACCGGCACGCCUUGAGCAACAUCCUCGAGAUUACGCAUAAGCAAUAUGCGUCCGAGCCACGACUCUUGCGUCGCCUGCACUGGCCAAUCAUGGUGGCGGCGCUCGAAACAGACGACCCUGCGCAGCUUGAAUGGCUCCGUCAGCGACUAGCCGAGUUGCGUCCGUGUCAUACCGAGAUUCGGUGGGCCAACGAGAUUGUAGAUGAAGUGCUCGCGCAACAGAAUGCGAGCAAAGGGGAGUACGUAAAUCUGGCCGAAUUGCUGCGCAAUCGGGCGGCACAGUAA